AUGGCGCAGGUACCAGGGGAAGUGGACAACAUGGAGGGCCUGCCUGUCCUUAACAACAACAACCCUACAGCCCGCUGGGAGAGUCCGGAUCGAGGCUGGGAGCGGGAGCAACCAGCUGCCUCCACAGCAGCUGCUACACUCUUUGAAUGCUCCCGGAUCAAAGCCUUGGCAGAUGAGCGGGAAGCAGUGCAGAAGAAAACCUUCACCAAGUGGGUGAACUCCCACCUAGCUCGUGUGGGCUGCCACAUCGGAGACCUGUAUUCAGACCUCCGGGAUGGCUUCGUGCUCACGCGGCUCCUGGAAGUGCUGUCUGGGGAGCAGCUGCCGAGGCCCACACGCGGCCGCAUGCGGAUCCACUCGCUGGAGAACGUGGACAAGGCGCUGCAGUUCUUGAAGGAACAACGCGUACACCUGGAGAAUGUGGGUUCGCACGACAUCGUAGACGGGAACCACCGGCUGACACUGGGGCUAGUCUGGACCAUCAUCCUGCGCUUCCAGAUUCAAGUCAUCAAAAUUGAGACUGAGGACAACAGAGAAACACGCUCAGCCAAGGAUGCGCUGCUCCUAUGGUGUCAGAUGAAGACAGCUGGUUAUCCUGAAGUAAACAUCCAGAAUUUCACCACCAGCUGGCGGGAUGGCUUGGCCUUCAAUGCCCUCAUUCACCGGCACAGGCCAGAUCUCGUGGACUUCAGCAAACUCAUCAAGUCCAAUGCCAAUUACAACCUACAAAGAGCAUUCCGUACGGCUGAACAGCAUCUCGGGCUGGCACGUCUGCUGGAUCCUGAGGAUGUGAACAUGGAGGCUCCAGAUGAGAAAUCCAUUAUCACUUAUGUGGUCUCCUUCUACCACUAUUUCUCCAAGAUGAAAGCUCUGGCUGUGGAGGGGAAGCGGAUUGGGAAGGUCCUGGACCAAGUGUUGGAGGUGGGGAAGAUCAUUGAGCGCUAUGAGGAGCUGGCGGCCGAGUUGCUGGCCUGGAUCCACAGGACUGUGGGCCUCAUCAGCAACCAGAAGUUUGCCAACUCGUUGAGUGGGGUACAGCAGCAACUUCAGGCAUUCACGGCCUAUUGCACACUGGAAAAGCCCGUCAAGUUUCAGGAGAAGGGGAACCUGGAGGUUCUGCUCUUCAGCAUCCAGAGCAAACUCCGUGCCUGCAACCGCCGCCUUUUUGUGCCCCGGGAGGGCUGCGGCAUCUGGGAUAUCGACAAGGCAUGGGGCGAGCUGGAGAAGGCUGAACACGAGCGGGAAGCUGCCCUACGGGCUGAACUGAUCCGGCAGGAGAAGUUGGAGCUACUGGCCCAGAGGUUUGACCACAAAGUGGCUAUGAGGGAGAGUUGGCUGAAUGAGAAUCAACGCCUGGUCUCCCAGGACAACUUUGGAUACGAGCUGCCAGCAGUGGAGGCAGCCAUGAAAAAGCACGAAGCAAUUGAGGCAGACAUUGCAGCCUAUGAGGAGCGGGUGCAAGGUGUGGCGGAGCUGGCCCAGGCAUUGGCGGCUGAAGGCUACUAUGAUGCUCGGCGGGUGUCAGCCCAGCGUGACAGCGUCCUGCGCCAAUGGGCCCUGCUGACUGGGCUGGUAGGUGCCCGGCGGACACGACUCGAGCAGAACCUGGCACUGCAGAAGGUCUUCCAGGAGAUGGUGUACAUGGUGGACUGGAUGGAAGAGAUGCAGUCUCAGCUGCUGUCCCGGGAGUGUGGCCAGCACCUGGUGGAGGCGGAGGACCUGCUGCAGAAGCAUGGGCUGAUGGAGGGGGACAUCUCAGCCCAGAGUGAGCGGGUGGAGGCACUCAACACCGCUGCUCUGCGUUUCUCCCUGCUACAGGGCUACCAGCCCUGCGACCCUCAGGUCAUCUGCAACCGAGUGAACCACGUUCACGGCUGUCUGGCGGAGCUGCAAGAGCAGGCUGCACGGCGGCGUGCGGAACUGGAGGCGUCCCGAAGCUUGUGGGCACUGCUCCAGGAGCUAGAGGAGGCCGAGAGUUGGGCACGCGAUAAAGAGCGCCUCCUGGAGGCCGCGACGGGCGGCGGUACAACGGGCGCGGCAAGCGCGGCGGGCUGCGCGCACGACCUACCGAGCACAGCGCGCCUGCUAGCUCAGCAUAAGAUCUUACAGGGCGAGCUGGGCGGGCGGCGGACGCUGCUGCAGCAAGCGCUGCGUUGCGGCGAGGAGCUGGUUGCGGCUGGCGGCUCCGUGGGCCCGGGCGCCGAGACGGUGCAGCUAGCGGGCCUGGCGGAGCGCGCGGCGAGCGCGCGGCGGCGAUGGCAGAGGCUGGAAGAAGCGGCGGCGAGGCGGGAGCGGCGGCUGCAAGAGGCACGGGCACUGCACCAGUUUGGCGCUGACCUCGACGGGCUUCUAGACUGGCUUCGCGACGCCUAUCGUUUGGCGGUCGCCGGUGACUUUGGCCACGACGAAGCGUCCAGCCGCCGCCUGGCGCGCCAACACCGCGCGCUCACCGGGGAGGUGGAGGCGCAUCGCGGGCCUGUGGGCAGUCUGCGGCGCCAGCUGGCAACACUCGGGGGCGCCAGUGGUGCGGGGCCUCUGGUAGUGGCUCUGCAGGUGCGCGUGGUGGAGGCUGAGCAGUUGUUCGCCGAGGUGACCGAAGUGGCGGCGCUGCGGCGCCAGUGGUUGCGCGAUGCGCUCGCUGUCUACCGCAUGUUCGGCGAGGUGCACGCGUGCGAGCUCUGGAUCGGCGAGAAGGAACAAUGGCUGCUCGCCAUGCGUGUGCCCGAUUCGCUCGACGAUGUCGAAGUGGUGCAACAUCGGUUUGAGAGCCUGGACCAAGAGAUGAAUAGUCUGAUGGGACGUGUCUUAGAUGUGAACCACACAGUCCAGAAGCUGGUGGAAGGAGGCCACCCCAGCUCAGAUGAGGUGCGUUCCUGCCAGGAUCACCUCAAUAGCAGGUGGAACCGCAUCGUGGAACUGGUGGGACAGCGAAAAGAGGAAGUGAGCGCGGUGCUGCUGGUAGAGAACCACGUACUGGAGGUGGCUGAGGUGCGCUCCCAGGUGCGCGAGAAGCGACGAGCGGUGGACAGUGCGCCCCGCGCCAGCGGCGCCCUACAGUGGCGCCUCAGCGGUUUAGAAGCGGCUUUGCAAGCUCUGGAGCCACGCCAGGCGGCUCUCCUGGAGGAGGCGGCCCUGCUGGCCGCGCGCUUUCCUGCACAGGGGGCGCGAUUGCGCCAGGGCGCCGAAGAGCUGGGCACCGAGUGGGGAGCGCUGGCUAGCGCUGCUCAGGCCUGCGGAGAGGCAGUGGCGGCGGCCGGGCGCCUGCAGCGUUUCCUGCACGACCUGGAUGCUUUCUUGGACUGGCUGGUGCGCGCCCAAGAGUCGGCGGGAGGCAGCGAAGGGCCCCUGCCUGGCAGCCUGGAAGAGGCGGAUGCGCUGCUGGCGCGCCACGCUGCGCUCAAGGAGGAGGUGGACCAGCGUGAGGAGGACUAUGCGCAAAUUGUGGCGGCCAGCGAGGCGCUGCUGGCCGCGGACGGCGCCGAGCUGGGUCCGGGCCUGGCGCUCGACGAGUGGCUACCACACUUGGAGCUUGGCUGGCAGAAGUUGCUGGGCCUGUGGGAAGCACGUAGGGAGGCGCUGGUCCAGGCGCACGUCUAUCAGCUUUUCCUGCGCGAUCUGCGUCAAGCACUCGCUGUGCUUCGCAAUCAGGAGAUGGCACUGUCGGGUCCCGAGCUCCCAGGCACCAUGGAGUCAGUAGAAGAGGCGUUGAAAAGGCACCGGGAUUUUCUGACCACAAUGGAGCUAAACCAGCAAAAGAUACAUGUGGCGGUGCAGGCGGCCGAGGGCCUGCUGAGACAAGGCAACGUCUACGGAGAGCAGGCCCAGGAGGCCGUGGUGCAGCUGCUGGAGAAGAGCCAAGAAAACCAGCUACGAGCUCAGCAAUGGAUGCAAAAGUUACAUGACCAACUGGAGCUGCAGCACUUCCUCCGAGACUGCCACGAGCUGGAUGGCUGGAUCCAUGAGAAGAUGCUGAUGGCUCGGGAUGGCACUCGAGAAGACAGCCACAAGCUGCACAAGAGAUGGCUCCGGCACCAGGCGUUCAUGGCCGAGCUGGCUCAGAAUAAGGAGUGGCUGGAGAAAAUUGAGAGGGAGGGCCAGCAACUGAUGCAAGAGAAACCCGAGCUGGCCGCCUCAGUAAGGAAGAAGUUAGGUGAGAUCCGGCAGUGUUGGGCAGAACUGGAGAGCACCACCCAGGCCAAGGCCCGGCAGCUCUUUGAGGCCAGCAAGGCUGACCAGCUGGUGCAGAGCUUUGCUGAACUGGACAAGAAGCUCCUUCACAUGGAAAGCCAGCUCCAAGAUGUGGAUCCUGGUGGGGACCUGGCCAGUGUCAACAGCCAGCUCAAGAAGUUGCAGUCGAUGGAGUCCCAGAUGGAGGAGUGGUACCGCGAGGUGGGAGAGUUGCAGGCGCAGACCGCCGCCCUGCCGCUGGAACCCGCAAGCAAAGAGUUAGUGGGCGAACGGCAGAACGCAGUGGGCGAGCGCCUAGUGCGCCUGCUCCAGCCUUUGCAGGAGCGCCGCCGCCUGCUCCUCGCUUCCAAGGAGCUACACCAGGUGGCGCACGACCUGGACGAUGAACUAGCCUGGGUCCAGGAUCGGCUGCCAGUGGCCAUGCAGACAGAACGAGGUAAUGGCUUACAAGCUGUUCAGCAGCACAUGAAGAAGAACCAGGGCCUGCGGCGGGAGAUUCAGGCUCACGGGCCGCGCCUGGAGGAGGUGCUGGAGCGCGCGGGCAUGCUGGCGUCGCUGCGCAGCCCAGAGGCGGAGGCCGUGCGCGGCGGCCUGGAGCAGCUGCGGGGCGCCUGGGCCAGCCUGCGGGAGGCGGCCGAGAGGCGGCAGCAAACGCUGGACGCCGCCUUCCAGGUGGAGCAGUACUACUUUGACAUGGCCGAGGUGGAGGCGUGGCUGGGCGAGCAGGAACUGCUUCUGAUGAGUGAGGACAAGGGCAAGGACGAACAGAGCACGCUGCAGCUGCUGAAGAAACACCUGCAGGUGGAGCAGGGCGUGGAGAACUACGAGGAAAGCAUCGCGCAGCUGUCGCGUCAGUGCCGAGCGCUGCUGGAGAUGGGGCACCCGGACAGCGAGCAGAUCAGCCGGCGUCAGUCUCAGGUGGACCGUCUGUAUGUGGUGCUCAAGGAGCUGGGUGAGGAGCGCAGGGUAGGUCUGGAGCAGCAAUACUGGCUCUACCAGCUGAGCCGUCAGGUGGACGAGCUGGAACACUGGAUCGCUGAGAAGGAGGUGGUGGCCGGCUCCCCUGAGCUUGGCCAGGACUUCGAGCACGUCACGGUACUGCAGGAGAAAUUCUCCGAGUUUGCCAAUGAGACCGGCACAGCAGGGCGGGAACGGCUGGCGGCAGUGAACCAGAUGGUAGAUGAGCUGAUUGAGUGCGGCCACACGGCAGCAGCCACCAUGGCUGAGUGGAAGGAUGGGCUGAAUGAAGCCUGGGCAGAGCUGCUGGAGCUCAUGGGCACGCGGGCCCAGCUGCUGGCUGCCUCCCGGGAGCUGCAUAAAUUCUUCAGCGAUGCUCGGGAGCUUCAGGGACAGAUUGAGGAGAAGCGGAGGCGACUGCCCCGCCUGACUGCUCCUCCGGAGCCGAGACCCAGUGCCAGCUCUAUGCAACGGACUCUUCGCGCCUUUGAGCAUGACCUUCAGCUCCUCGUGUCUCAGGUCCGGCAGCUGCAGGAGGGGGCAGCCCAGCUGCGGACGGUGUACGCAGGUGAACAUGCGGACGCCAUCGCCAGCCGGGAGCAGGAGGUGCUCCAGGACUGGAAGGAGCUGCUGGCGGCCUGUGAGGAUGCCCGGCUGCAUGUCAGCUCUACUGCCGAUGCCCUGCGCUUCCACAGCCAGGCCCGAGACCUGCUCGCUUGGAUGGAUGGCAUCGCCAGCCAGAUCGGGGCAGCCGACAAGCCCAGGGACGUAUCAUCGGUGGAGGUGCUCAUGAACUACCACCAGGGCCUGAAGACCGAGCUGGAGGCUCGGAUGCCAGAGCUGACUGCCUGCCAGGAGCUGGGGCACUCUCUACUGCUCAACAAGGGCGCCAUGGCUGAUGAGAUCCAGGCGCAGCUAGACAAGCUGGGAACCAGGAAGGAGGAGGUAUCAGACAAGUGGGACCGUCACUGGGAGUGGCUUCAGCAGAUGCUGGAGGUGCACCAGUUCGCCCAGGAGGCAGUAGUGGCUGACGCCUGGCUGACGGCCCAAGAGCCACUCCUGCAGAGCCGCGAGCUGGGCAGCAGCGUGGAUGAGGUGGAACAACUUAUCCGGAGGCAUGAGGCUUUCCGCAAAGCGGCCGCUGCCUGGGAAGAGAGGUUCAGCUCCCUGCGGCGCCUGACCACGAUCGAGAAACUCAAGGCUGAACAGAGCAAGCAACCACCCACGCCUCUCCUGGGGCGCAAGUUCUUCGGGGACCCCACAGAACUGGCGGCCAAGGCGGCACCUCUGCUGCGGCCGGGGGGCUACGAAAGAGGUCUGGAGCCGCUGGCCCGUCGGGCCUCGGACACAUUGUCAGCUGAGGUGCGGACCCGGGUGGGGUAUGUGCGCCAGGAACUCAAGCCCGAGCGCCUCCAGCCGCGCAUCGACCGGCUGCCGGAGGUCCCGGUGCGGGUGGAACCCGCAACCCCGCCGGCCGUUCACGAGGACACAGCGGUGGCCGUCCCCCGGGUCUCUGCUGCGGUCGAACAGGAUCGACCGCGGCCCGAACGCCAAGAGUCUGCUGAGCGCGCCGAGGAGCUGCCCAGGAGGCGGAGGUCAGAGCGGCAGGAGUCGACCGACCAACCCGAGGAGCUGCCCAGGAGGCGGCGGCCCGAGCGGCAAGAGUCUGCAGAGCACGAUGCGGCGCACAGCCUCACUCUGGGCCGCUACGAGCAGAUGGAGCGGCGGCGCGAACGGAGGGAGCGGAGGUUGGAGAGGCAGGAGUCCAGCGAGCAGGAGACGCCCAUCAGAGGAGACCUAGCCAAGGGGAAGGCCACCCUGGCUGACAUUGUGGAGCAGCUGCAGGAGAAAGAGGCAAGCCCAGGGCUCCCUGCUGGGCCGUCGCUGCCUCAGCCUCGAGAGCUUCCUCCCGGCCGCCUGCCCAACGGGCUUGAGCCGCCUGAGCGGACACCUCGGCCGGACCGACCGCGGGCCCGAGACCGCCCCAAGCCGAGACGGAGGCCGCGGCCCCGAGAAGGUGGUGAGGGCGGGGGAAGCCGACGAUCGCGCUCCGCCCCAGCUCAAGGAGGCUCCGCCCCCGCACCUCCGCCUCCGCCCACCCAUACAGUACAGCACGAGGGCUCCCUGUUACGCAAGCGCGAACUUGAUGCCAACCGCAAGUCUUCCAACCGGUCCUGGGUGAGUCUGUACUGCGUCCUGAGCAAGGGGGAGCUGGGCUUCUACAAGGACUCCAAGGGACCGGCAUCAGGGGGUACGCACGGUGGGGAGCCACUACUCAGCCUGCACAAAGCCACCAGUGAGGUGGCCAGUGACUACAAGAAAAAGAAACACGUCUUCAAGCUCCAGACCCAGGAUGGCAGUGAGUUUUUGCUCCAGGCUAAAGAUGAGGAGGAGAUGAAUGGCUGGCUGGAGGCUGUAGCUGCCUCGGUGGCAGAACACGCUGAAAUAGCCCGCUGGGGCCAGACACUACCCACGACUUCGUCCACAGAUGAGGGCAACCCCAAGCGGGAGGCUGGGGAGCGCAGGGCCAGUGGGCGCCGGAAGUAA